GAUGUCGGCCGACGGUUUCGUUGAUCAGUUGCAGAGCGGAGCAUCCCCACAGUAGGAGCCAGGCGGAGGCGGCUCAGGGGCACCAAAACCCCGAACGAGUUUGGGACGAAGGCGGCGGCGGCGGCGGCGGAUCGGGCGGGUCGCCGAGAGCCGGGGGGCCCGGGGGCGGCGCGGAGAGAGGUGCCGGGACCGGGCAUGGUCCUGGGAACCCCGAAGCCCAGCCCCGCCGCAGCGCUUCAUGCCGCCGACGGGGAGUGAGCCGGCCAGAAUGAACAGGAAGAAGGGAGACAAGGGCUUCGAAAGCCCCCGGCCGUAUAAAUUAACCCACCAGGUCGUGUGCAUCAACAACAUCAACUUCCAGAGGAAAUCUGUGGUGGGAUUUGUGGAACUGACAAUAUUUCCUACAGUUGCAAACUUGAAUAGAAUCAAGUUGAACAGCAAACAGUGUAGAAUAUACCGAGUAAGGAUCAAUGAUUUAGAAGCUGCCUUUAUUUACAAUGAUCCAACCUUGGAAGUUUGUCACAAUGAAUCAAAACAGAGAAACCUUAAUUAUUUCUCCAAUGCGUAUGCUGCUGCGGUUAGUGCUGUGGAUCCUGAUGCAGGAAAUGGAGAACUUUGUAUUAAGGUUCCGUCGGAGUUAUGGAAACACGUUGAUGAAUUGAAGGUCCUAAAGAUACACAUCAAUUUUUCUCUGGAUCAGCCCAAAGGAGGCCUGCAUUUUGUGGUACCCAGUGUAGAGGGAAGUAUGGCGGAGAGAGGUGCUCAUGUUUUCUCUUGUGGGUAUCAAAAUUCUACAAGAUUUUGGUUCCCGUGUGUUGAUUCAUACUCUGAAUUAUGCACUUGGAAAUUAGAAUUUACAGUAGAUGCUGCAAUGGUGGCUGUUUCCAAUGGAGAUUUGGUGGAGACAGUAUAUACCCAUGAUAUGAGAAAGAAGACCUUCCAUUACAUGCUCACCAUUCCAACUGCAGCGUCAAAUAUCUCCUUGGCCAUUGGGCCUUUCGAAAUACUUGUAGAUCCAUAUAUGCAUGAAGUUACUCAUUUUUGUUUACCCCAACUUCUUCCAUUGCUGAAACACACGACAUCAUACCUUCAUGAAGUUUUUGAAUUCUAUGAAGAAAUUCUUACAUGUCGGUAUCCAUAUUCCUGUUUCAAGACUGUGUUCAUUGAUGAAGCUUAUGUUGAAGUGGCCGCUUAUGCUUCUAUGAGUAUUUUCAGCACGAAUCUCUUACACAGUGCCAUGAUUAUAGAUGAGACUCCUUUGACUAGAAGGUGUUUAGCGCAGUCCUUAGCCCAGCAGUUUUUUGGAUGUUUCAUAUCAAGAAUGUCUUGGUCUGAUGAAUGGGUUCUAAAGGGAAUUUCUGGCUAUAUUUAUGGACUCUGGAUGAAAAAAACGUUUGGUGUUAAUGAGUACCGCCAUUGGAUUAAAGAGGAAUUGGACAAAAUAGUGGCAUAUGAACUAAAAACCGGUGGAGUUUUACUGCAUCCUAUAUUUGGAGGAGGAAAAGAGAAGGAUAAUCCAGCAUCCCAUCUACACUUCUCAAUAAAGCAUCCACACACACUGUCCUGGGAAUACUACACGAUGUUUCAGUGUAAAGCUCACCUCGUGAUGAGGUUGAUUGAAAAUAGAAUCAGUAUGGAAUUUAUGCUACAAGUUUUCAAUAAACUGCUAAGUUUGGCUAGUACUGCGUCAUCUCAGAAGUUCCAGUCACAUAUGUGGAGUCAGAUGUUGGUUUCCACAUCUGGAUUCUUGAAAUCUAUCUCAAAUGUCUCUGGCAAAGACAUCCAACCUUUAAUAAAGCAAUGGGUAGACCAGAGUGGAGUGGUCAAGUUCUAUGGAAGUUUUGCAUUUAAUAGAAAACGAAAUGUCUUAGAAUUAGAAAUAAAACAAGAUUAUACAUCUCCUGGAACUCAAAAAUAUGUGGGACCACUUAAAGUGACUGUGCAGGAGUUAGAUGGAUCCUUCAAUCAUACAUUGCAAAUUGAAGAAAACAGCCUUAAACAUGAUAUACCCUGCCAUUCCAAAAGCAGAAGGAAUAAAAAGAAAAAAAUUCCGCUGAUGAAUGGAGAAGAAGUUGAUAUGGAUCUUUCUGCAAUGGAUGCUGAUUCUCCUUUGCUGUGGAUAAGGAUCGACCCCGACAUGUCGGUCCUGAGGAAGGUGGAGUUCGAGCAAGCCGACUUUAUGUGGCAGUAUCAGCUCCGCUACGAGAGGGACGUUGUCGCGCAGCAGGAGUCCAUCCUGGCUCUGGAGAAGUUCCCCACUCCCGCGUCCCGCCUGGCCCUCACUGACAUCCUGGAGCAGGAGCAGUGUUUCUACCGAGUGCGGAUGGCAGCUUGCUUCUGCCUCGCCAAGAUUGCAAAUUCAAUGGUGAGCACAUGGACUGGACCACCAGCUAUGAAGUCACUCUUCACUAGAAUGUUCUGUUGUAAAACUUGCCCAAACAUUGUGAAAACAAACAACUUUAUGAGCUUUCAGAGUUAUUUCUUACAGAAGACUAUGCCCGUUGCAAUGGCCUUAUUAAGAGAUGUUCACAACCUUUGUCCCAAGGAAGUCUUAACAUUCAUUCUAGACUUAAUCAAGUACAAUGACAACAGGAAAAAUAAGUUUUCAGAUAACUAUUACCGUGCAGAAAUGAUUGAUGCCCUUGCCAAUUCUGUUACGCCUGCAGUCAGUGUGAAUAAUGAAGUUCGAACGUUGGAUAACCUCAAUCCGGAUGUGCGGCUUAUACUUGAAGAAAUCACCAGGUUUUUGAAUAUGGAAAAACUUCUUCCAAGUUAUAGACACACCAUCACUGUCAGCUGUUUGAGAGCUAUCCGAGUGCUGCAGAAGAAUGGGCAUGUGCCAAGUGAUCCGGCUCUGUUCAAAUCCUACGCGGAGUACGGCCACUUCGUGGACAUCAGGAUCGCAGCUUUGGAGGCGGUUGUGGACUAUACGAAAGUGGACAGGAGUUACGAAGAACUACAGUGGCUGCUUACUAUGAUUCAGAAUGACCCUGUACCCUAUGUAAGGCAUAAAAUCCUGACUAUGUUGACUAAGAACCCACCGUUUAUUAAGAACAUGGAGUCUCCCUUGUGCAAUGAAGCCCUCGUGGAUCAGCUUUGGAAACUGAUGAAUUCUGGCACCUCACAUGACUGGAGAUUGCGUUGUGGCGCUGUGGAUCUCUACUUCACACUUUUCGGGCUCAGCCGACCAUCCUGCUUACCCUUGCCAGAGCUUGGGCUGGUUCUUAACCUAAAAGAGAAAAAAGCCGUCUUGAACCCGACCAUAAUUCCAGAGGCCAUUGCAGGCACCCAAGAAGCUGUGAUUAAUCCCAGCACUCACGCACAGCUAGUUGGAUUUCAGAACCCUUUUUCAAAUUCUCAAGACGAGGAGGAGAUUGACAUGGAUACUGUGCAUGAUAGUCAGGCAUUCAUCUCCCAUCAUUUGAAUAUGCUUGAAAGACCAUCAACUCCAGGGCUCUCUAAGUACCGGCCAGCUAGCGCCAGGCCUUCUCUCCUACCCCAGCACUUGCCGGGCGGUGACAGCACACCGACCACCAAACCCCCGUGGAAUAUGGAGCUUGCACGGAAAGGAACAGGGAAAGAACCGUCCCCGAUGGAGAUGAGCCUGCAUCCCGCAGCGGCAGCGCCGCUCUCCAUGUUCACGAAGGAAACGGCGUCCUCCAAACACAGCGACCACCACCACCACCAUCACCACGAGCACAAGAAGAAGAAGAAGAAGCACAAGCACAAGCAUAAGCACAAGCACAAGCACGACAGCAAAGAGAAAGACAAGGAGCCUUUCACCUUCUCCAGCCCCGCCAGCGGCAGGUCCAUCCGCUCUCCUUCUCUGUCAGACUGAGCGCCGCCCCCGGACCGUUUCCUCCGCAGCAGGGGCGCGUACAGAGUCGCCACGUGGAUUUCGUUCGCCACUUAGGUUCUGAGCAUCGAUGUGUUUGUAUGCAGUUGAGCGCUACUUUUUAAAUGUGUUUUAUACUUCUGAAUAAGCCCUUUCAUCCUGUUUUCCUCUUUUAAAAACCCGCCGCAGAUUUCUUUCCCUUCACGCUCGCACCACUGGUGGCCCCCCUGUGUCCUGCCAAAUCAGUGAUGGUCUCAAGCCUCUGGUGGAUGGUAGGGGCAAAGGUAUGUUUUCAGAUUGCAGCCACGUUCGAACCUGUUGUGAAACCACGCUUGCCAGUGAAAUGCGGCAUGAGGCUCUUUGGAACUACUGGCGAGCGAAAGUUCAGUUUCCUCUUGCACUGUUCUUUUUUGUUAACUAUAAACUUAACAUCAGAUUUUAUGAAUGAGAACACAUGGCCCCUUCUUUCACCCUAAAGCAUUGAAAUUUUCAGAAGCAGCUCUUUUAAAAAAGGGUUAACUGGUUUUUGAUAGCACAGUGAUUAUGAUGUUAGAAUGAACAGAAAUGUCAAAUCCGCGAUUGUUCUCAAAUCAAGAUGUUUAUGAGUUUUUCCAUUAAAUGUGAGGAUGUUCAUAUGUAGAAUAUAUUUUGCACACAUAAUGUGGACAGUAUACACUUGACGCAUUUAUACAACAGUGUAAUACCUUAAAAAGGUGGCUUUAAUACUGUUUAACUUGGACAUACGCAAUUCAGGCCGUGUGAAUAUACUAAAGAAGAUUUAAAAACAUGAAACAUUUUUGUUUCAUGCUUUAAUCUUUAUGUAUGUUUUAAUUUUUAUCUGUGGAUUUACUGUGUGCUCUAUUUGUUUAAAUGUUUUUCAUAUCUGUUUUUAUUAUUUUCCUUGUCAUUAAAAAGUUUGACAAGCUACUUUUUCCCAAAACAGGUGCUUCAAAGGGAUCCAAUAAUGCUGGACUUUUCUUGUCUCUUUCUUUUCUCUCUGCCCCCACUUCCAGUGACGUCAUUCUCCCUCCCCUGGUAGUAUCCUGCUCAGACAAGGUCCACAUAAGAUUAUCCAGGGGCAUUUGGUGCUGUUCAGAGCAAGAGCUGGUUUUAGGAGUUCCCUUUAAAAAGAAACCUUUAAGACCUUCCAGUGGGGACACUAUGAGUGCUUGUCUAGUGCUUAGGAAUGAUAUGAAAAGUGUUCCCAGGCUGGGGGGCUGCAUGGGGAAUCCUUGCAUCCGUUGCUGUGUUCUGGAACCCUGAGAAGAGGCACUGUUAGGUAAGGCUGGGUUACUCAGUUACAUUCUUGGAAGAAAAAAAACUUUUAGUUGCAUCUUACUUGUUUAAUAAAUAACUUUACAUUGGUUA